AUGUUUCCCCCACGCUCGGUGCCCGUGCCCACCCGCGGUGGAGGCGGCCCGGCGGGGAUGACGCGGCUUGGGAACGGGCACAGGAGCGCUGGGAGUCCCACACCCCGAGGCGAUGCGCGGGGGCCCUGCCUGGAGACGGAGGGACGCUGCUCUCCCACUCUCGCACCAGGCACACCGGCACACGGCAGCGCCAGGGCCCCGCCCGGCCCCACCCGCUCCCUGCCCGCACUGAUCCCCGGCGGAACCCCGCAAUCACGGCAGAGCGCAGAGGCCGCCGCCGCCCCGCCCGGGCCAGAGAGGUCCCGUCGCGCCCGCCUGGCGACUCACCCAGGGCAAGGCGCCGCGCCGCCGCGGCCUUCCGCGUCCCUUCCCGGGCGGAGCUUCGCCGCCGCACUUCGCCGGUGCCGCCCGUGGACGCAUUCCAGCGCGGCGGGUACGGGCCUGGAGCGCUCCGGGCCGCUGCUCCCUCGCGCGUUCCCCCACGGGCCAUCCCCUUCUUCCCCUUCGCGCGCGCCCCUGCCGCGUUUCCCGCGCCAUGCGGCUGACGCGGCGUACUUGCGUACGAGCCCGCCCCUGUCGGGCUGUGGUCUGAGCCCAGAGCAGCGUGGAGCCUUCGUGGCGCUGCGCGGGGAAGCGGGGCGCUACGCUGGCCGUGCCGGGCUGCGGAGGCACGUGUUCGUGUGGGACCGCCGGAAAGGAGAGAAGGUUCUUAUCCUUAAGGGUCUCAAGCAGGAAGUCAGUUGCCUCUGCCCGUCUCCAGAUGGGUUGCACUUGGCUGUUGGGUACGAAGAUGGAUCAAUCCGUAUCUUCAACCUCCUAAGCGGAGAAAUGAAUAUCACUUUCAAUGGACACAGGGCUGCAGUUACAGCACUGCAGUAUGACCAUCUGGGUGGCCGUCUUGUAUCUGGCUCAAAGGAUACCGAAGUCAUCGUCUGGGAUGUCAUCAAUGAGAGUGGUCUGUACCGGCUGAGAGGACACAAGGAUGCUGUCACUCAAGUCCUUUUCUUGAAGGAGAAGAACCUAUUGGUCACCAGCGGCAAAGACACAUUGGUAAAAUGGUGGGAUCUGGAUACCCAGCACUGCUUCAAAACUCUUGUUGGACACCGAACUGAGGUCUGGGGCAUGGCUUUGCUAUCCAAAGAGAAGCGUCUGAUCACUGGGAGUGCUGACAGUGAGCUGAGGGUGUGGGAUAUCACAUACAUCCAGGAGGUAAAAGACCCUGACGAGCCAGAGUCCAAGAAAAGCAAAGGGCCUUCACCUGGCACAGAAGAAAACACUAAAGAGGAUGAGACCUUAGAAUUGGAUGAGCAUCCUGAGGAACGCAUCGUUAAGUGCAGCAAAGUUGGAUCCAUUGUGCGGGAAGGGAGAGACCGAGUGGUUACUCUUGCCACAGACCGAAUGGGCAAGUUUUUGGCCUGUCAUGGAACAGAUGCUGUUCUGGAAGUGUUUUCUGUCCUUUCUGAAGAGGAAGUGCAGAAGAAAUUGGAAAAGAAAAUUAAGAAAGCAAAGAAAAAAGCCAAACAGAAAUCUGAAGAGGUGCCUGAAAGGAGUGUAGAGCUGAGCCUGCAAGAGGAGAUUCAGCGGGUCACUAAUGUCAAAGCUUCUUCGAAAAUCAAGUCAUUUGACUUGAUUCUCUCUCCAAAAGGAGAGCUGAAGAUCGUACUGUUGCUCCAGAACAACAUCAUUGAGUCAUACAACCUGGACCUGUCAGCACAAGUCCCACAGGCUGUCCGUGCGUCCAAGAUAACCAUUGGAGGCCACCGCAGUGAUGUCAGGACGUUGGCUUUUAGCUCUGACAACAUUGCCAUUCUCUCAGCAGCUGCAGAGUCUGUAAAGAUUUGGAACAGAUCGACCUUGCAGUGCAUCCGGACGAUGGACUGUGAGUAUGCGCUCUGCUCGCUCUUUGUCCCGGGAGAUCGGCAGGUCAUCAUUGGCACCAAGACAGGGAAGCUGCAGCUGUAUGACCUGGCUUCUGGGAGUCUGAUAGAGACACUUAAUGCUCACGAUGGGGCAGUGUGGUCCAUUGCUCUUUCACCAGACCAGCGUGGCUUUGUGACAGGAGGAGCUGAUAAAUGUGUCAAGUUCUGGGAGUUUGAGCUUGUGAAGGAUGAGAGCAGUAUUCAGAAAAGGCUCUCCAUGAAACAUGUGCGCAUUUUACAGCUGGAUGAAGAUGUUCUCUGUGUGCGGUACAGCCCCAACCAGAAGCUGCUGGCUGUCUCCUUACUGGAUUGCACUGUGAAGAUUUUCUAUGUUGACACGCUCAAGUUUUUCCUCUCUCUGUAUGGACACAAACUGCCAGUGCUGUGUAUGGACAUCUGCUAUGAUGGGACUCUGAUUGCGACCGGCUCUGCUGACAGGAAUGUGAAGAUUUGGGGCUUGGAUUUUGGAGACUGUCACCGUUCUCUCUUUGCCCAUGAUGACAGUGUGAUGUAUCUGCAGUUUGUGCCGAAAUCCCAUCUCUUCUUCACAGCUGGGAAGGACAGCAAGAUUAAGCAGUGGGAUGCAGAUAAAUUUGAACAUAUCCAGACCCUGGAGGGGCAUCACCAGGAGGUGUGGUGUUUGGCACUCAGUCCCAGUGGAGACUAUGUGGUGUCAGCAUCCCACGACAAGUCCCUGCGCCUCUGGGAAAGGACGAGGGAGCCACUUAUUUUGGAAGAGGAGAGGGAGAUGCAACGAGAAGCUGAAUAUGAAGAGAGCGUGGCAAAGGAAGAGCAGCCUGUGGUGCCUGGAGAGACGCAAGGAGAGACAGGGCUGGCAGGAAAGAAGACUAUUGAAACCAUCAAAGCGGCUGAGAGGAUCAUGGAAGCUAUCGAGCUGUACAGAGAAGAGAUGGCAAAACUAAAGGAACACAAUGCCAUAUGCAAAGCUGCAGGGAAAGAGGUUCCCUUUCCUGUCAACCCCAUCCUCCGUGCCUUUGGCAAUAUUACGCCUUCUGCAUAUGUGCUAGAAGUUUUCAAGAAGGUCAAGUCAAGUGAACUGGAAGAGUCUCUCCUGGUGCUGCCCUUCUCCUAUGUCCCUGACCUGCUCAGACUCUUCAACGAAUAUAUUCACCUGGGUUCAGAUGUUGAACUCCUGUGCCGAGCUCUUCUCUUCCUGCUCAAGAUACAUUUCGGGCAGAUCACAGGCAACCACAUGCUGGUGACAGUGAUAGAAGAUCUGAAGAAAACUACCAUCUCCAGAGUCAGUGAGGCCCGGGAUGUGCUGGGAUUCAACAUGGCAGGGCUCCAGUUCCUGAAGAGGGAGAUUGAGGCCAAGGAUGAGGUGACAUUUUUUGCUGAUGCCACUGAACGUUUUGAGGAGAAAAAGAGGAAGAGGAAGAAGAAAGAGAAGAUGGUUCUUGCAGUGCUCUAGCAUUUGCUGCCCAAGACCUAGAGCACCUGGAUAGAGUCAUGUAACCUCAGUGCUGGCCAUGGAAGCAUUCUUGUGGCUGAACAUCUGUGCUGAUGUCCAGUGGCUGGGACAAAGUCUGUCCCCUCCCCAUGUGGUAUAACCAGCUUGUAAACCUAACUCAGAAUGGUUGUCUCUGAGGUGAACUAUCUGUAGUCUGUUGCAAAUGUAUGCAUUUGGACUGUUUCUGAGGUGACUGUCAAAGGCACAUGCUCUGCCUCCAGGGGAAUGCCCCUUAGCAACUGAGCUGAUUAUCCUGUGAAAGAGAUCAGCUCAUUUUGGCAGCACAGAUUCAAUGGAAUCCAGCACAUGGACUGCUGGUGAGACCAUGCCCUGUCCAGGGAAGGCAGCCGGCAAGAUUUCAUACUGGUUUGACACCUGUUCAUGGCUUGUGGCCUCUGGACAAGCUCAGUGACUUCUGCUCAAGUGUGAGAAUUUGGUCUACAGCUGCUCAGUUUUUCAGUGGGAUGGGAAGAAACACGUCUGUACUCUGUUAAAGGAAUAUUUAUAUAUGCCCUACAAGACUAUUUUGUUCACAGUGUUUUGUCCUGAUAUUUAUCUAGUAAAGCCUCAGCUGCCUUGCCCUGUUUGUCAGUUUUGAAAGGAUUUUUUUCAGGGAAUAAAAUUAGUGGGAGCAAAUGAAAGGGCUGCCACCCAGGAUUGUGCUGUUCUGCAGAGCUGGCAGACUGAGCGGAGAAGUGUGGGUUGUUUGCAUUGUACUUGAUCCAGUUUUUAGAAAUUGCACUGGAUUGUUGCAAUGUUGUACUUGUCCUGUAUCAGACAAAUGAGUUUAUUUUCUCAGCAGGGGCAGAGAGGCAGGAUAAAGUGAGCAAGGCUCUGCUGCUCUGGUAAGCUAUUAGUUUGUAGUACAUGCUGUGUUUUUUACCAGUAAUCACAGGUUUGGUGGAUGUGGAGGCAGCUUCUAGUUACCUUGCUGGCUGUUGGGCCUCCAUGUCUGACUUGGGUACUCAAAGCUGAAUUUCUAACCUGCAUUUCUAACCUGAAUUUCUAACCACAUUUCAUGUGGAUUUUUAUUUGCAUCCCAGUUUUUGCUGAGUGCUGUUUUUGACUUAGGUUCUCUAUUACUAGCAAGUGUGCAAAAAGCAAACAGUUCAGUUGCUCAGUCUUUAGGCAGCACCUCAGGUGUAAUAAUUACACCUCUUAGAGUAACUGUUGUUCGUAAAUAACUUUGUCAGGGGGGCUGAUUGUUCACUUGAUUCUGCAGAGUCUGGGUAAUUUACAGGAGCAUGUUGUACUCCAAUUCCAGCAGGUGGGUCUCAGACUCUUUACAGAAGUAGCAACCUUCAUACAGCUCUGCCAGAUGUUUCUGGGUGCCUCUCUAAUUUUAUAUUUGUCCGGAUAUGGGUGAAACUUGUGAUCAAACACUCCACUCAAACAUGUCUCCAUCCUGACCUAUUCUGUUCUCUUUCAUUGUAUUCUGUUCUUUUUCUUUAUUCCUCCCAGAGAAGACCCUCAUAAGAGAGUCUCAUAAGAGGAAUUACUGCAGUGGGAGGAA